AUGUCAAAAACAAACCCAAAAUUGAUGUCCCUUGGGAAGGACCGAUGUGCCCGCGAAGGGCUGGAGCGAGAAGUCGUUAGUAAAAAGAAGUCGGAAGUGGAGGUUCUGAAAGAGUGCUCCGUUGUACUGGGCGAGGAUGUUGUGGAGUUAGGUCGCCGUCGCACUCGUCACAGCUUGUUGAGGGCGGUUGCGGGCGAGACCGACUGCGGGUCUUCGCGGUCGAGCUUGUGCGCAUCCCCAAUUGAUGAAGGCAUGGAGACGGAGCAGUUGCCGUCCACAUCUGGACUACGCUCCUGGCGCAAAAGGCGUCUCCACGAGUCCGAUACGGACUCCACGGUCGAGGAUGAGGGCGAUGUCCAAUCCGUCCGCAAAAGGUCCGGCAGCCCUAGAGUGGGAUCGAGAGCCAGUUCGAUCACUAGAAAGAAGGAGGAGUGUCGGAGCGUCAGACAAACCGACGGAGUGGACAGGCCGACGGCAUCUGGCGCCACUGCCACCGCUGCCGCCGGUGACAAGAACAAAGUGGCCGAGGAGGUACUCCAUAGGGCGAAACUUCUCGUCCAUCGGCAAGCGGAUGCUCUUAGCGACGUCGUUAAGAAGGCGGGAAAUCUCAAAGGGACCACCAUAAGGACCCUGAAAGAGGGUUUGGCCGGGAUCACACAGGUUGUGGACACCUUGGAGGGGGAUCUAUUUCCGACGUCGGUCUCUCCACUGGUCUCAAAGAACCUGAGACUUGAGCAGGAAGUCGAGUACCUGCGUCGGCAGUUGGCCGAGGCUCGUGCUGCCAAGCCAGCUGCCAAGCCAGCGGCCCAGGCCGGUAUCUCGGCAGACGGUGUUCCUGUUGUAGGAAGUGAUGCGAGCGCAUUCCGUGCUCAAAUAAUGAGAGAUGUCGGCGGCAUCGUCCGCCAAAUGGUAGGGACAUUUAUGAAAGAGGUGAGAGAAAUGAUCUCCAUUCGCCCCCCUCCAGAGAAGGUGUCGUCCUCGUCUGCGGUCUCCACGCAAACUUUGCCAGAGGCCGGAACAAUGGCGUCAGAUGUGCCCGACACCCCUAGAGUCGGCGACCGGGGUUCUCUUCCCCAGUCAGAAACGGGUCGGGCCAAGAAGAAGAAGGCGAAGAAGACGCCCGUCACACCGGCGCCCUCUGGACAGCCCGAGCCGGUGGCUUCGACCUCCGCUCAAACGUCUGUGCAGUCGACCGCGUCCUCCUGGGCGACGGUCGUAAAAGGAAAACGGGGCAAGACCGUCAGUGUUCCCGAAGGGCAGCCUGUGGCUGCCAACCCUCCGGUGACGAAAGCCGGUUCGGCCCCCUCGAAGAAGGCAAAGAAGACGAGCGCACCCUCGCCUUCUAAACUGAAACCGCCUCGCUCCGCGGCGGUUAUUAUUACGUUGGACCCGGAGGCGGAAAGGGAGGGUGUCGCGUAUGCGAAUGUCCUUGCGGAGGCCAAGAGAAGGAUCGAUCUCCGCGCAUUGGGGAUCGAAGAUAUGCGGUUUCGCACCGCGAUCACCGGCGGUAAGGUUCUAGAGGUUCCAGGUGCUGAUGGCGCGGAGAAGGCCGACGUUCUGGCGUCGAAGCUCCGGGAGUUCAUCCCGGAGAAUAUGGCCAAAAUCUCCAGGCCCGUAAAGUCCGCGGAGAUGCGGAUAUCGGGCCUGGACGACAGUGUUACGUCGGAGGAAGUGGCCGCUGCGGUUGCCCGGGAGGGCGGCUGUCAGGUGGACCAAGUGCGAGUCGGAGAGGUUCGACGUACUAGAUCUGGGGUGGGCACUUGCUGGGUUAAAGCUCCAUUGCAAGCAGUUAAGAAGAUGACGGUCGCCGGCCGAGUUCGUAUAGGCUGGGUUUCGGCGAAAGCAGAGCUCCUGCGGCAGAGGCCGCUUCGGUGCUUCCGCUGCUUGGAGGAAGGACAUGUGCGGGCAUCCUGCAGUCAUGAGCAGGACCGCAGCGGUCUAUGUUACCGCUGCGGAAACGAAGGCCAUAAGGCGGCGAUGUGCGCGGCCGACCCAAAGUGCGCUGUGUGUUCAGCGCAGGGCCGGCCGUCGGACCAUUGGGUGGGGUCCAAGGCCUGCACUCCUCCUAAGAAGCGUAAGAAGCAACCGGUGAAAUUGCCGAACCCAGCAGGCCGGGUGAGUGUGGAGGGAGAGGAGAUGGAAACGGGCAGGUAG